GCAAGUGCCACGGCCUUCAAGAGUUCGACACCAGACGCGUGCGAAGAGCACAGCGUCUUGGAACCCCGUCGUUGCCAGCAAGCCUGACCCGCGGGUCUGUCAGUUCGAGGCAUGGCUGAUACAGUUGUCGACAUUUUAAGCAAAGCGAACAGCGCCUUCGUUGACGAAAACUACGCCGACGCGCUGAACCUUUACAACAAGGCAGCCCAAAUAGACUUGGGCAACAGUGAAGUCUACGUUAAGAGGUCUCACACCCAUUUCAAACUUGAAAACUGGGAAGCCGUAGUCUCAGAUGUGGACAAAGCUUUCGAGCUUGGUUGUGAAAAGAAUGCCAAGCUUCACUUCAGGAAAGGACUGGCAUUGUUUCAUCUGGACAAAUAUCAGGAAGCCAAAGAAGUUCUGGAGGAAGGAUCGCGCCUAGGUGGCGGUGAUGCAGAUUUUGGCGUGUGGAUUGAAAAGUGCUCGGCUGAGAUGAAGCUUCUCGAGGAAGCCAAGCAAGCUGUUGUGAUGCCACCUGCACCUGCAAAGACUCGUUACGAAUGGUACCAGACAGAGAGGUACAUCAUCAUCACAAUAUUUGCGAAGAACCGUAAGGAAGAGGACGUGAAAGCAGAAUUUACCGACACAACGGUGAACAUCACAGUGAAGCUUCCUUGUGGGGACGACUACGAGCUUUUCCUGAACCUUGCACACCCCAUCCAUGCAGACCGCACUGUCGUCAAGUGUUACCAGACAAAAGUCGACAUCAGGGCUCAGAAGCGGGAAGGAAUCAAGUGGACCACCUUAGAGUUCGACAGUAGUGCAGCUGAUGUUCCUGAGCCCAUGAUGUUUUCCGUGCCAGAGGCCGCUAGUGUUGAGAGGGCACCUCCAGUGUUCCAAGCCAAAGACUGGGACAACAUUGUCAAGGAGAAUGAAAAUGACAAGGAAGAGGGCGAUGCAGCUCUCAAUUCUUUGUUCCAGAAAAUUUAUGCUGAAGGCUCGGAUGACGUAAGGAGGGCCAUGAACAAGUCAUUUUUUGAGUCUGGAGGAACUGUACUGAGCACAAACUGGGAAGAAAUUGCCGCCAAGACCACUCCCAUCAAGCCACCCGAUGGGAUGGAGUACCGCAAGUGGACGGAGUGAAUCAUCUUUGGUGUUCAGUUGUGCCAUGAAGAAAGAGCAGCCGCUAGAAAAGCCCAUCAGUCUGCAGCUCAAGUAAUUUAUGAUGUGGCUGGUUCGCACAUGUAAUAUAAAUUCUACCAGUUUUGUUUAGUGUCUUUUCACUUGUCUUUUAAUAAAGUUUGAGUUUCUGUUUGCCUUGUA